AUGAAAUUGUUGCCGCUCGGUUUGUUGCUGCUGUCGCUGGCUUUGGCUGCGGCUGUGCCAGUGGAGGACGAGGAGCGUGAGGAGGAGCUGCAUUUUGGCUUUCAGACUGAGAACGGCUAUCAGCGCUCGGAGGAUAUUACCUACAAGGUGAAAGUGAAUCCCGAUCUGGAGACAACCGAGCAGCCAAAUGGCGAGCAGACCCAAAAGCCUGUCGAAUAUCGUGGCGGAUAUAGCUUUAUAUCAGCCGACGGCUAUGAGUACAAGGUGCUCUAUAAGGCGAACAAGAACGGCUUUCAGCCCUAUGUGACGGCGCACAAGGUGAAAACGGCGCAGGAUAAAGCUUAG